UCCGGUCCCGGGCAUCGGUGCCGGGCAUCCACCCGGGCACCGUUUUGGGGGCGAUGCCUGCUCUCGGGGCGCUGGCCAAGAAGUUGUGGUGCAUCCGGAGGGUGUUGGUGCUGCUGGGCACUCCGCUGCUGCUCACGCCCCUUCUCUUCAGCCUCCCGCCCAAGGAAGGAAAGUGCCUCUUCGUCAUCCUGCUCAUGGCCCUGUACUGGUGCACAGAGGCCCUGCCCCUGUCGGUGACAGCUCUCCUCCCCAUCGUCUUGUUUCCUUUCAUGGGGAUCCUGCCUUCCAGCAAGGUCUGCCCGCAGUACUUCCUGGACACCAACUUCCUCUUCCUCAGCGGGCUGAUCAUGGCUUCAGCCAUUGAAGAGUGGAACCUGCACCGCCGAAUUGCUCUGAAAGUCCUGAUGAUGGUGGGCGUCCAGCCGGCCAGGCUCAUCCUGGGGAUGAUGAUGACCACUUCCUUCCUGUCCAUGUGGCUAAGCAACACCGCUUCCACUGCCAUGAUGCUGCCCAUCGCCAUCGCCAUCCUGAAGAGUCUGUUCGGAGAGAAAGAAGCCACCAGGGAGCUCUGCCGAGAGAAUGAGGAAAUGGCAGCUGGCUUUCAGAGAAAUGGCCUGUACACUGUCCCCACUGAGAUGCGAUUUCUGGCCAGCGCAGAGGACAAAGGGCGACCGGAAGAGGUGGAGGCUGCCCCCGAGGGCCCCGGCGAUGCCAAGAAGGAGGAGGAGGCCCGGAAGAACAUCUGGAAAGGCUUCCUCAUUUCUAUCCCCUACGCGGCCAGCAUCGGCGGCACUGCCACGCUCACGGGCACUGCCCCCAACCUCAUUCUGCUGGGUCAACUGAAGAGUUUCUUCCCCCAGUGCGACGUGGUGAACUUUGGGUCCUGGUUUGUCUUUGCGCUGCCUCUAAUGCUGCUGUUCCUCCUCUCCGGGUGGCUGUGGAUCACCUUCUUGUAUGGCGGCAUUCAUCUGAGGGGCUGGAGGAAGAAGAAGUCUGAAAUCAGAGCGGAUGCCGAAGACCGAGCCCGGGCGGUGAUAAGAGAGGAUUACCAAAAGUUGGGACCAAUCAAGUUUGCCGAACAGGCGGUCUUCUUCUUCUUCUGCUUGUUCGCCAUCUUGCUCUUCUCCAGGGACCCAAAGUUCAUUCCCGGCUGGGCCAGCCUUUUCACUCCCGGCUUCCUCUCAGAUGCUGUCACUGGAGUUGCCAUUGUAACUAUGCUGUUCUUCUUCCCAUCGCAAAAGCCAUCUAUUAAGUGGUGGUUUGACUUGAAAGCUCCCAACACGGAGAUGAAGCCCCUGCUGACCUGGAGAAAGGCUCAGGAAUCCGUGCCCUGGAACAUAAUUCUGCUGCUGGGAGGAGGGUUCGCCAUGGCCAAAGGCUGUGAGGAAUCGGGUCUAUCCAUGUGGAUCGGCGGGAGACUUCACCCCCUGGAGAACGUGCCGCCCGCAGUGGCCGUGCUGCUUAUCACCGUGGUCAUCGCCCUCUUCACGGAGUUUGCCAGCAACACCGCCACCAUCAUCAUCUUCCUCCCUGUCCUGGCUGAACUGGCCAUUCGACUGAGAGUCAAUCCCCUGUACCUGAUGAUCCCAGGCACCAUUGGUUGCUCCUACGCUUUCAUGCUCCCUGUUUCGACGCCUCCCAACUCCAUCGCCUUUGCAUCUGGACACUUACUGGUCAAAGACAUGGUGCGGACCGGACUACUCAUGAACCUGAUGGGUGUCUUGCUCCUGAGCUUGGCCAUGAACACCUGGGCCCAGAGCAUCUUCCAACUGGGGACCUUCCCCAGCUGGGCGGACAUCCACGCCGACAACGUCACGGGCCUCCUGUCCCAGGCGUCCAACGGGACCCUCAGACCCCUCCUCAAAGUCUGAGCCCCUGCCCACGGGGAUUGAACCCCCCCCAAUCCUGGGCGAGCCCCCACCCCGUCCCCGAGCUCCCAGCUGACGUCGGACAGAGCGAUCGAGUUAUAGCUUCUCUUUUAUGAAAGUGGCGAACGAGACGGCAGAGGCUCUUUCAAGGCCUCUGGUUUUAGUUCCUAGAAAAUGCCCCCUAGGACGCAGCCUCCCCCGGGCCCUGGGGUAGGACUGGGCGCUUCAAGAGGCGGAACCCUAACCCUCUGCCCCCGCCCCCAGAUAUAUCUCCGGUUUGGAUCUCCACCGCACGUGCUGUCUGCGGAUCGACGUCUUCAGAGGCAACGUGGUCUGGUGGAAAGAGCGCGGGAUUGAGCGCUGGGAGAACCGGAUUCCAAUGUGUGACCUUGGGCAAGUCGCUUAACCUCUCUGGGUCUCAGUUCCCUAAUCUGUAUCAUAGGGAUAAGAAACUUGCUCUUCCUCGCCCCUAGGUCGAGGAGAUCGCCGAGGGACGGGAAUGGUCUAAAUGGACUGUAUCUAGCCCAGAGCUUAGCACACAGUGAGCCUUUAGUAAGCACCUUAAUCAAGAACAAUAAUGCAGCUACUCAGUGGUGCCUGGAGUGGGGCAGAAAAUAUUUGGAAGGAGUCAGUGACCCUCUCUGGAGGCGUAACUGUUUUGAGCCACUUCCCUCAGCACCCAGAGGAAGCAAAGCCAAUUGUCUUCUAGAAAAUUCCCCUACCAGAGCAGGGGAGGGGUUACAACCCUUGAGGGCUACUCCUUCCGAGCCCCCUAAGGUUGAGGUUCUGGUUCAGAUUCUCACCGUCGUUUCACCUUUUUGGGAGACUCCAUUUCUGUACAUUUGAAUACACCGAUUAGACCGUUCCAUAUUCUCCUCUCAGCAUGGUUUUAUUCUUCAAAUCUGCUCCGGGGCAAACUUUCCCCAGCCGAGUUGGGCUGGAGACCAGGGUUUUUUCUUUCCGGUCAGGACACUGGCCAGCCCGAAUCAAAGGACAGAGGAUGAGUUGAGUUUGGCACCCCCGAACCGGGUUCCUCUGAGGAAACUCGUGAAGGAGAGGCUCACCGGACAGGGAGCCGAGACCCUCCGGAGAGAGACGGUCUUGAAAAUCUUGAAAAGGAGCUGAUUAGUAGCUUUUUCUCUGGUUGAUUUUUGUACUUCUAGUGAAAGGGCUUGUCGUUGGUAAGGAUUCUCACGCCCUCAUUCCUGUUCAAUUGUUCAUUGAUUUGCUUCUUCGUACGGUCCAUCUGGGACCCCGGUUGGUAAAGGAUGGGGCCUUGGUAAGAUUGGGGUCUUGGGAGACUCCAGAAUCACGAAGGGCCCUUCUUCAGAAGGAGACAGUCUGUGCUGUUCCCCCUAGACUGGAAGCUCUUUCUGGGCAGGGAACACAUCUUCCAACUCUGUCCUAGUGUACUCUCCCAAGCGCUUAGCACGGUGCUGUGCACCCGGUCGGCACUCGAUAAAUACAAUUGAUUGAUUGAUUGAUUGAUGACUGGAUGGGGCCGGUGAUUGGAGAGAGCGCGGGCCUUCGGGCAACUAAGUCUAGCAACCUAUAUGUAGGAUGCUCCAAAAUGGCAGCCUAAUUAAUCUUAGCCACUGCCACCACUAAAGGAAUCCUUUUUGACAUGGCAUUAGUGUGCAUGUGUGUAUGUUUGUGUGUUGUGUGUGAGCACACGCACCCGCAUUUGUCAGUUGUGUGUGUUUGGCCAGGCAGAGAGGAAGCCAUCCAAACCAGUUCACGGAGCACGUACCCAAACCAAUCUGGAUUAAAAAAAUGAUUAUGAAAGUGGUACAAUAAAGUACGUUAAUUACCGAC